GCGACUCGGCCCCGGCAGCGGCGUCCGGCGGCCGUGCCCUGCUGAGCCCGCCCGCAACAUGUUCAACGUGGAGAGCCUGGAGCGCGCCGAGCUCGGGGAGAGUCUGCUCACCUGGAUCCAGACAUUUAAUGUUGAAGCACCAUGCCAGACUGUGGAAGAUUUAACGAAUGGGGUUGUGAUGGCCCAGGUGCUUCAAAAGAUAGAUCCAGCAUACUUUGAUGAUAACUGGUUAAGCAGAAUCAAAACAGAAGUAGGAGACAAUUGGAGGCUAAAGAUAAGCAAUCUGAAGAAAAUUUUAAAAGGAAUAUUGGAUUACAAUCAUGAGAUUUUAGGGCAGCAGAUUAAUGACUUUACCCUUCCUGAUGUUAACCUGAUUGGAGAGCACUCAGAUGUUGCAGAGCUUGGAAGAAUGCUUCAGCUCAUUUUGGGAUGUGCAGUGAAUUGUGAGCAGAAGCAAGAGUACAUCCAGACCAUCAUGAUGAUGGAGGAGUCUGUUCAACAUGUUGUCAUGACAGCUAUUCAGGAGUUGAUGAGUAAAGAAUCUCCAGUCUCUGUUGGAAAUGAUGCUUACGUUGACCUUGAUCGUCAGUUGAAGAAAACAACAGAAGAAUUAAAUGAAGCUUUAGCAACAAAAGAAGAAAUUGCUCAGAGGUGCCAUGAAUUAGAUAUGCAGGUUGCAGCACUUCAAGAGGAGAAAAGUAGUUUACUAGCUGAGAACCAGAUCCUGAUGGAACGUUUGAACCAAUCUGAUUCUAUAGAAGAUCCCAACAGCCCUGCAGGGCGUAGGCACCUGCAACUGCAGACACAGUUAGAACAGCUCCAGGAGGAAACAUUUAGGCUAGAGGCUGCCAAAGAUGAUUAUCGAAUACGUUGUGAAGAGCUGGAAAAAGAAAUUGCAGAAUUGCGACAGCAGAAUGAAGAGCUAACCACUUUAGCAGAAGAGGCUCAGUCUUUGAAGGAUGAGAUGGAUGUACUUAGGCAUUCCUCUGAUAAAGUGGCUAAGUUAGAAAGCCAGGUAGAGUCAUACAAAAAGAAGCUGGAAGAUCUUGGUGAUCUGCGGCGGCAAGUGAAACUCUUAGAGGAGAAAAACACUAUGUAUAUGCAAAACACUGUAAGCUUGGAGGAAGAACUAAGGAAAGCCAAUGCAGCGCGUAGCCAGCUGGAAACUUACAAGAGACAGGUAGUUGAACUACAAAACAGAUUAUCUGAAGAAUCAAAGAAAGCAGAUAAAUUAGAAUUUGAAUACAAACUGCUGAAAGAAAAAGUAGACAGCCUCCAAAAAGAAAAAGAUAGGUUAAGAACGGAAAGAGAUUCCCUAAAAGAAACUAUCGAAGAGCUUCGAUGUGUACAAGCACAAGAAGGGCAGCUCACCACUUCAGGAUUGAUGCCACUGGGAAGCCAGGAGUCUUCAGACAGUCUAGCAGCAGAAAUUGUUACUCCUGAAAUCAAGGAGAAACUCAUUCGUCUUCAGCAUGAGAACAAGAUGCUGAAGCUUAACCAAGAAGGUUCCGACAAUGAAAAGAUUGCCUUGUUGCAGAGCCUGCUAGAUGAUGCAAAUCUACGAAAGAAUGAACUGGAGACAGAGAACAGGCUGGUAAAUCAGAGACUUCUGGAGGUGCAGUCACAGGUUGAAGAAUUGCAGAAAUCUUUGCAGGAUCAAGGUUCAAAAGCUGAAGAUUCAGUUCUUCUGAAAAAGAAGCUUGAAGAACAUCUAGAGAAGCUGCAUGAGGCUAACAAUGAAAUACAGAGGAAACGAGCUAUUAUUGAAGAUUUGGAACCAAGAUAUAACAGCAGUUCACUCAAAAUUGAAGAAUUGCAAGAAGCUUUACGGAAAAAAGAGGAAGAAAUGAAGCAAAUGGAGGAACGAUACAAAAAGUACUUGGAAAAGGCCAAGAGUGUUAUCCGUACUUUAGAUCCUAAACAAAACCAGGGCACAGCUCCUGAGAUUCAGGCUCUGAAAAAUCAACUGCAGGAACGGGACCGAAUGUUUCAUUCAUUAGAGAAAGAAUAUGAGAAAACAAAGACUCAAAGAGAGAUGGAGGAGAAAUUUAUUGUGAGUGCCUGGUACAAUAUGGGAAUGACUCUGCAUAAAAAGGCUGCAGAAGAUAGACUGGCUAGUACAGGCUCCGGACAGUCCUUCCUGGCUAGACAAAGGCAAGCCACCAGCACAAGGAGAUCUUACCCUGGUCAUGUCCAACCAGCUACAGCAAGGUAGAGAAGCCUGGCCUUUAGAAAGGAAUCAGCCCUGUGAUCCAGGCAUACUUUGUUCCACGUGACGUUUCAGGAAAUGCAACUAGCAUCCUUUCUCUAUCUUUAUUCCUUGUUACCACUGUUAUUUCUCAUUUCAGGAAGGGGUUUUAUUAUGAUUUCUCAUUGUUUUAAUGCCCUUCAUUCUUAUUUUUUUUGGAGUCGUCAUCUUUCUUUCUCUUUAAAUGUGCCAAAAUUUUGAAAACAUCCAGAGGAGCGCUGUAUUAUAAUGGAGUUUUUUAAAUUUGUACGAAGUUGUCAUCUCUUACCUAAUGUCUGAUAUAGGCUAUGUAGCACACAUAAAUUUUCUGUCACAAAUGCUAUACAUGUACCUACGUGUUACUAUCCUUUAUAACUCUCUUCAUUGAAAGGGAAUUAGUCUCCUUUUUACUAUGUAGUAAUCAGUUUAAAAUUGCUGAAAAUCCUUUAUAGGAAAUGCAAAAUUGCUGCAUAAAAUUAGUUAUAAAACAUAUUUCCUGGGGGGGGGAGGGAAACACCGCCACCGUAGACAUUAGUAUAGGUGCUAACCUAGCUACAUCCUGUGACACCUGCUGGGGAAUGUUUACAGAACAAAAAUGAGUUUCUCCUUUCAUGUGUAGAGGUUGCUCCUGUUCUUGGCAUUUGGCAUUUAAUAGGGAAGUAGGAUGAUUUGGAGACCAUUCUUUCAUUCUUUUUCUCUUAAAAGGCUUCAGAUCUGCUUUUAUUUCUCCACUGGUAUCGUCUGUUGUUUGCGGCCACCGGUGAAAUGUUUCAGAUUGUUCUCCCCACUCUGGUUGGUUGAGUAUAUCCAAAAAGAAAAAUCAAGAACUAUUUGGAAUGCUUUAAUGUGCUUACAGCAUCGUUGGUUUAAAAGAAGGCAUUUAUUUUAAAGCUUUGUAAUGAUGGACUAGCCAUACAUCAAGGAUCAAGGCCCAGCUAAAUAUUGUUGAGGUUAAUGUAUUCAAAUGGUCAUCAAUCACUGAAAGACUUAUUUUUAAUAUGUUAAUUAGGAGGAUGAUUAUAUCAAUUGCCUUACUAAUGACAGAGGGGGCGGGAGGAGGGAUAGCUCAGUGGUUUGAACAUUGGCCUGCUAAACCCAUGGUUGUGAGUUCAAUCCUUGAGGGGGCCACUUAGGGAUCUGGGGCAAAAAUCAGUACUUGGUCCUGCUAGUGAAGGCAGGGGGCUGGACUCUAUGACCCUUCGGGGUCCCUUCCAGUUCUGUGAGAUAGAUAGGUAUAUCUCCAUAGGUAUAAUGGUAGCCAUGCCCUUAGGCAAGUUUGUUGCUUACUUUAUUGAGAACUGGCUGUUUGUAGUCUAAUUCUUUUAACACAUACCUGUCCAUUUAUAAGUAGCAUCUUCGCUGCAUCUUCACUUUGACUGGUAAGACAAGUGAGUGGUUCUCACUUCUGAUAUUAAUUUAGGACAGAUCCUCCAACAAAGUGCUGAGUAUUUCUGAGCGUUCUGAAUGCCCUAAACUCCCAAUAACUUCUUGAAGAGUUGAAGAUGCUCAACACCUAGCAUCUCGUAGGAUCAGCCUUUACCGAUUUACUAGUAGGGAAGCUUUGUGUGUGUGUGUGUUUUGUGACAUCACCUUCAACAUAAAUCUUGCUCCUAAUAUGGUGUGCAUACAAUCUAGUUUCUAAGUUUAAAUUUUGUAAAAUUAUUUUCAUCUCUUGCCCAAUGCAGGACUUUCCUUCCUGUAAAUCCCUUCAAAAGUAGCUCAUGUUGGCUUUUUUAAGCAUCCCAAGGUAUAUUUUAAUCUAACCUUUUGGUUUAAAAUGGUCAAAGGAUCCUGAAGGAUCAGUCCACAUGAAUUCAAAGACAAUUACAUUUGUAAGUGCUGUUUUAUUCCAGAGCACAUCCAACUGUUCAUACCUAAUCCAUGUUAAAAAUGGCCAUUAAAUAUGUUGAAAGCAUUUAUCUUGACCCUGAUUUUCCCAGCAAUACAAAGAACAUCAUCUGAAGUCCAUGAGCAAAAUGCAUUUGUCUUUUAUUCCAAAGACAUAGAAAUAUAUGUAGAGUAGUGAUUAAAAAGACUGCAUAGCUGUUGUCUGCCCACUGUACUGUGCCUAAAAUUAGGUUAGGUAAGAAAAAUAUCUCCUGUAGUAUGUGUAAAGCUAACAAUGUAAAGGUAGUUCAGGCAUAAACCGAUGUUUGCCUUCCUGUAUUUUGUUGAGAAACACAAUGCUAACGCGACAAGUUUCAUAAGCACCGUCUAGCAAUAUGAUUAUUCGGACACAUGUCUUUUGUGGAGUUCAGACUGGUCACGUUAGGAACCUUUCUUGUGUGUACUGUGUGUGUAAGGGAGCAAGAGUUAGUCAGUCUCCUUGAAUAAGUAUGUGCAGCAUUUUUCAGCCCCUAGGAAGGAACCCAAGAAUAUUUAAGGCUUUAUUUUUAUUUUUGUCUGUCAGCCUCUUCCUUUGCACCACCAUCUGCCAAAAUCUACUUGUGAAUGAAGGGGAUUCCAGAAUUGUAAUGGGGAGGCUACAUCUCCAAGCUACUAAGUCAGUUUAAGAUUACUGUUAAUUAGAUGUGUAUCCGGAAGAAACUCAGAUGCAAUUUCCAUCCUAAAAUUAAACAACUUGCUUUUGUUUUUUGUUUUUCUCUCUCUUUUCUGGCUCCUUCUCCCCCUCUUUGUUGCCAUUGGGUUUUUGUCUCGCGUUCCUUAGGUCUCCUUUUUUUUUUUUUUGUUUUUGGAGCCCGCUCUCUUUUUAUUUUGGCCUUUCUCUUCCUUUCCCCACAAGAUCAGACACUAUCUGAGGUGCCUCCCUGUUCAGUUGUAUGCUGCUUUUACAGAGGACACUGUGUAGAGAGGAACAGCAGAGACUAACACUGAGCCUAUAUUUUGCUGCUGUUGUGGAUAAUUACAAGUUUCUAUGAAAACUGCCAUCACUAUUUCUCAUCCAGGGGCUCUCAAACUUUUUGUACUGGUAACCCCUUUCACAUAGCAAACCUCUGAGUGUGACCCCCCCUUCCCCCUUAUACAUUAAAAACACUUUUUUUAUAUAUUUUACACCAUUAUAAAUGCUGGAGGCAAAGUGGGGUUUGGGGUGGAGGCUAACAGCUUGUUACCCCCCCCCCGCCGGAAUAACCUCAUGACCCCCUGAGGGGUCCUGACCCCCGGUUUGAGAACCCCUGUUCUAAUACCAUAAAUUAGUACUAAAUAAAGUAUACAUACAGUACUGCCCUGCUCGCCUAAAAACGUUACUUCCCUGAUGGGAGAACUAAUUUGCAUUCCUGCAAGAGGUAAACAGCCCUUCUUGGCAGCAGCAUUUUUAACUGAUAAUGGCAGAAGAGCUGAGCAGUCCAUACGAGCCCUUUCAGGGCUUCCUAACAACUGUGGCAAUGUCAGGCAGGCACCUUCUUUCUGUCAGCUUUGUGUUAAAUAAAAUAAAAGCAAACGGUCUAAUGCACAAGCAAGUCCACAAGAUUCCAGACUGAGACUGCUACUUUACAGUGCUGUCAAGCGGUUGGAUCUUAACUUCUUUUAUAUUCAAGGACACGAUGGAUUCAACCUUGUAAAGUGCCAUGCAUGUGAUACUAGAUACAUAAUGAAGAAGAAUAUUAACAAUCCAAUUUUUUCCUAAUAAUACUUAGCACUUGAGUAAUGCUUUACAUUUUUCAAAGUGCUGUAUAAACAGUAACAAACUGAUUGUAAAGUUAACUUUUAGCCAAAGUGUAGCACAAAAGAGAAGUCUCAUAUAGAAAUACACAUUUAUAAACAUUUUAAAA